AUGGGUCUCCUCAAACAACCCGACUCCAACCCUAACAACAACCUCAACCAGCUCGAAGAGUUCGACGAGAACGAUGUUUUCUGGUACGAAUCCUCUGAUUGUUCCAGUGUUGCUAACUCUUUUUCUCCCCCUGCCCUUUCCACCUCCUCUUCCCCUACGCGCCUCCUCCCUCAACGCGCCGCAACACUCUACAAAUCCUCCAAUUCCGGCCUUUCCGCUGCUCUCUCCGACGAUCACCACCCCCUCGUCCGCCGCAAAUCUACGCUCAAUCCUUCCGUUUCUGCCGCAUCCGCUGCCAAAAUGAUUCCGCCUGUGUUUCGUUCGGAGAAUUCAAAUCCCAAUUCUCUGCCUAAAUUUCACCAGUCGGCUCCGGUGAACGUGCCCCUGUGGCAGAAGAAGAGUACUGGACCGUUGGGUGGAUUUGACCGGUUCGAUGAGGUGGACGACGAGCUGCUAGAAGACCAGGUAAUGGUUCCUCCUCACGUGAUGGUGGCUCAGUCGCACGUGACGUUCUCGGUUUUCGAAGGCGUUGGGCGGACGCUAAAAGGCAGGGACUUGCGGCGUGUUCGUAACGCUGUCUUUCAGCAAACAGGUUUUCUUGAUUGA